AUGACCCCGAGCCGGUCGCCGCCGCUGGCCGGCGUGGGAGUGACACAAGGCCCACGAGAUGACCGCGCGGUGGGAGCGGAAGACCCCAUUGACCUGGAAAGCAAACUGCAAAUUCUUCGGGAACAGCUGGAAUCGUUGCAGAGAUUUCAGCAACAGACUCUGGAGAAUAUUAACACGGUACAGUCUAAAAUCCAUGAGAUACUAAAUACAUUUGAAUGGAAAACACUGUGUAGUUCCUACAAUUUUCUGGAGACUUGCACACCAAGUGAUGCAUCUCUGCUUGUGGAAAAUCCUGAAUCGCUGCCUUCUAAGGGAAAAGUUCAUCAUGAUCAACAACCCUGUUCAGGUGAGCAUGUGGAAGCAAAUUCCAACACUGGAAACAACGUCAGCGAUACAGAUAUUCCACACAGGAUUUGGCUUAAACCCGUAGCAACUGAGAAGAUUGGAAAUUCAGAAGAUCUGCUUGGAAACAGCAGGAUACUUGCAAUAAGAAGGGAACACAAAGGUGGACAUCUGCUGUCUGGCGCUGGUUUGGAGGCAGGAAGGUUGAACGCUGCCCAUGAGAAGGUCAUUUUGAGUGAAUCUAAACAUCAUACACCCUUUCCCAAAUUUGAGAAGGAAUUUCACGGAAGAGACAAUGUCAGCUGUGCCACCGAGUUGCUGAAACAAGAACUUCAGAAUUCAGCCAGGAAGGAUUUGGGUUUGUUAGGAGAUAAGACCGAAAAAUCUGGCUUUUUAUACAGAGGAAAAUUAAAUAGCUCACAAGAAAGUGCAGAAAUUGUGACCUCGUCAGACGAAUCGCAGCUUGGUUCAGCUCCCCUUAGAGAACCCGGCCUGCAUUUCCCUCAAGAAUUUAACGACGACUCCAAAUGUGCCAGGGCAUGGGAUGGUUCUCCAGCAGCAGCAUGCAGCGAGGAAGCAGGAACUCAAAGCCAAGUGCGCAAAGAGCUGAUAACUGAUUACAGUGACGGGGACAGAUCCCAGGAUCGGGUUUUUGCUGAGAUGGGGCUAGAUAAGCUCCUGAUACUUGAUAACAAAGAGCAACUAAAAAUAGAAAAACCCCAACAACGGACUAUCUUAACUCACCCAUUUCCAAGGCCGGGAAGUCAAAAGGUCAGGGAAGUCAGAGUCGACUCUGAAUACAGAAGCAAAAUUGAAGCGCUGCGGAAGACCCUGGCAAAUUCUGAGCCUCUGCAAAAACCAGCACCACAGGAUUUUCAAACUGGGGAACCGAAAUUAGAAGAAAAGAUGGCUGCAGCUCCCUGCGAAAGAGAGAAGCUCGGUCCAAUCCUAACGUGUUUGCAAAAGGAAUGCUUCGAGUUACACGAAAGAAAUGGAGGACAUGGCACAGAAAUAUCCCAGCUUACAAAAGGAAAUAGCUCCCGAAAGCAAGAGCUUGGAAGCAAUUGGGGUGAAAUGCAGCAAAUGAAGGAAAGAGAAACCCCCAGGAAAUCUGAACUGGAAGCUCAUCUUCAGUUCAUACGAAUACUGGAAGCCAAAAACCGUAACUUGGAAAUGACCCUGCAGGAAUGUUCUCGUAAGAAUUGGAUGCUGCGGAAGGACUUGGAGAAACUCCAGUCAGAUAAAGCUUGUACAGAAAAGAAACUCAGGACUGAACUCAGAAAUGCAAAAGCAUAUAUUGAUUUUUUAAAGUCUAACUGGGCCAGUGCCAACAGAGAAUGCAAGAGGUUAUCAACAGCAGCAACAAACAUCAUGGAGGAAAACCAGUCCCUUAAGAAAGAGCUGCAGGAAUAUAGGCAGCACUCUCCCAAGUACGAAAUUAACAUCAGAAAAUUGGCUGAAGAACGCUUCGUAUUCAGAAAUCACCUGUGUACCGCUGGAAAUGAGGGAAGGGUGUACCACAGCCUCUAUUCCACCCUUUCAGAAAGGAUUAUAAUCAGUGCCAAGCUGUAG